UCGGGAUACUCCGAACAGAAAAGGUUGGGAAAUUAAGAAGAAAGUAGGCACGCUGUCCCGGUAUAAGGACAACGUUGAGCAGGUCUGUGGAAGGUGUCUGCUGAAGGCGAAUUCGGAUGCUUAUGUGCGCGUAAGGAGGAAGGCGCACGGGCACGGGAGCCAUGGAUCGGCAUCGCGCGGGUGUUUGUGUUUUCCUGAUAUUUGGGGCUCUGGCUGCGAGAUUCGGCGCGAGGGCGCUGCAGCCCUACAUGCCCAAUGUCUGUGCAGAGAAGCAGCUGAAUGUUGUGGGACACAUGAAGCCUUGUGUGCAAGCUUUCACACGCAUGGUGAAAGUGUGGAAGCAAGGCUGCACAGGGCAACUGUGGUGUGUUGGCUAUGAGAGGAGGACUGCAUAUUACACUGCUUACCGACAGGUGUACAGACAGGAAUACCAGACCAUCUAUAAGUGUUGCCCUGGGUGGACUCAGCUGAAUGGCGAAGCAGGCUGUCUAUACCCUGUCUGCAGUUAUGGAGUUUGCUUCAAUGGGGGGCACUGCUCUGUAGGAACAUCUCAGUUAUGCCAGUGCCCAUCUGGUUUUAAUGGACCCAGCUGUCAGUAUGAUGUGAACGAAUGUGAAGAGACCAACGGCGGCUGUGAAGGACAGUGUUGUAACACCAUUGGUAGCUUCUAUUGCAAGUGUGCAGAUGGACUUCAACUGAUGAGUGAUGGGAAACAAUGCCAAGAUGUGGAUGAGUGUCAAGUCCAUAAUGGUGGUUGCCAGGAUCGCUGUGUGAAUACGCCAGGCUCAUAUUACUGUGAGUGCAAACCAGGAUCACGUUUGCACACCGAUGGACGGACCUGCAUUGCUGUCAACUCAUGCUCCAUAAGUAAUGGUGGCUGUGAGCAGGAAUGUGUGCAGCUCUCUUUGGCACACUACCAAUGUCGCUGUCGAGCAAACUACCAACUCAGGGAGGAUGGCAAGCACUGCAAGUUGAAGGACCCAUGUGCCAACCGAAAUGGAGGCUGCAUGCAACAGUGUGUCAAUGAAGGAGGUGUAGGUCGAUGCCAGUGCCACACUGGCUAUCGCCUGGCUGCCGACAACAAGACCUGUGUCGAUAUUAAUGAGUGCACUUCAGGCCUGGCCCUGUGUUCUCACAGCUGCCGUAACACACGAGGAUCAUUUGCUUGUAUUUGCAACCCUGGAUAUGAGCUGGGGGCUGAUGGCAAGCAAUGCUACCGUAUUGAGAUGGAGAUUGUUAAUAGCUGUGAAACUAACAAUGGAGGCUGCUCCCACCAUUGCCGCCAUGCUACUGGAGGUCCUGUCUGUAGUUGCAACCAGGGCUACAAGCUGGAUGAUGACCAGAAGACCUGCAUUGAUAUUGAUGAAUGUGAAAAUGGCGAGGCUUGCUGUGAACAAGGUUGCACCAACUCCCCAGGAGGAUAUGAAUGCUAUUGUGCUGCUGGUUUCCAACUCCAUGUGGACGGCUGCAGUUGUGAUGACGUGGAUGAAUGUCUUUCAGAAAAUGGAGGCUGUGAUCAUAUCUGUCAGAACACAGUGGGCUCCUUCCAGUGCUACUGCGAGAUUGGCCACAAGCUAGAUGAAGAUCGACAGUCGUGCAUUCCUUUGGAGGACACAUUGGAAAUCCUGAAUGGUCGGCGGCCUGUGGAAAGGCCUAUCCCACAGGUGACUUUGCUAAGGGAGGAGUUCACACCAUUCUUUGAAAGUGAGCCAGAGUAUGAUGAGAGUGAGGGGGAGCUGCGAGGAGAGCACACUCUGACAGAAAAGUUUGUGUGUCUGGAUGACACGUUUGGCCCUGACUGCAGCCUGACCUGUGAGGACUGCUCCAAUGGUGGGAGGUGCAACCCUCAGAAGGAUGGCUGUGACUGUCCUGAUGGCUGGACUGGUGUAAUCUGCAACCAGACUUGCCCUGAGGGAACCUUUGGCAGGAACUGCAGCUUUACCUGCAAGUGCAAAAAUGGGGCUACGUGUGACCCCAUCUCCGGACGCUGUCGCUGCCCCCCUGGUGUGAGUGGAGAAGUCUGUGAGGAUGGCUGCCCCAAAGGAUUCUUUGGAAAGCACUGUAAUAAAAAAUGUAACUGCGCAAACAAUGGACGCUGCCACCGUACAUAUGGAGCCUGCCUGUGUGACCCGGGACUCUAUGGGCGUUUCUGUCACUUGCCAUGUCCAAAAUGGGCAUUUGGAGCAGGCUGCUCAGAGGAGUGCCAGUGUGUGCCACAACACACUCUGGAAUGCAAUCGCAGAGAUGGCAGCUGCGUCUGUAAACCUGGUUACCAGGGAGCAACCUGUCAGAAAGAGUGUAGCAGUGGCUCCUAUGGAACUGGCUGUAGAAGCAAAUGCAGUUGUCCAUCAGAGGUGCCAUGUGAUCAUGUGACCGGAGAGUGCAGAAGGCAGUGUCCUGCUGGCUAUCAUGGCAAGGACUGUGCUGAAGUAUGCCCUCCGGGGCGCUUUGGUCUAAACUGCUCGAGCUCCUGUGAGUGCCAUGGAUCUCCUUGUGACAGAGUGACCGGAGCAUGCAAUUGCACAGCUGGGCAGAUGGGUCUGCACUGUGAGAAGGAAUGUCCGGAUGGCCACUGGGGCAUUGGAUGCCUGCAGACCUGCUUGCCUUGUGUGAACGGAGGGAUUUGUGAUAAGUUUUCUGGCAGCUGCACAUGCCCCCCUGGAUUCAUUGGAAAUCUUUGCCAGAACAAGUGUCCUCCUGGACGUUUCGGUCAAGGCUGUCUAUUGCACUGCUCCUGUGAGAAUGAUGGUAGCUGUGAUGCAGUCACUGGUCGGUGUACCUGCGCUCCUGGCUGGACAGGUCACAACUGCAGAAGAGCCUGUGAUGCUGGACACUGGGGACCAGACUGUGUCAACAUGUGUAAAUGUAAGAACAGUGAUGGGAGCUGCAACAUGGUCACAGGACAGUGCAUCUGUGAGGCGGGCUACACAGGUCACCACUGCGAUCAGAAAUGUCCCCAAGGUUUUUUUGGUCUGGGCUGCCGUCACCGGUGCCAAUGUGAAAAUGACGCCUCCUGUGACACUGUGAGUGGGGCAUGCACCUGCCUGCCAGGCUGGACUGGAACCUACUGCGAGAAACAGUGUCCUGAGGGCUUCUAUGGUUUGGAAUGCAGGAAAAAGUGCAGAUGUUUCAAUUCUGGACGCUGUGACCCCCUGACAGGAUUGUGUAACUGCCCAGCUGGCUGGUCAGGAUCACAUUGUGAUUUCUCUUGUCCUCCAGGCUUCUAUGGCGAGGGGUGCAACAUGACAUGCACUUGUCACAAUGGGGCAGUUUGUGAUACAGUUACCGGUCAGUGUAUCUGUGAACCAGGCUGGAUGGGGUCAACCUGCCAACAAGCAUGCCCCCCUGGCUUCUAUGGUGCACAUUGCCAGCACCCCUGCCUGUGUCAAAACAAAGGGAUCUGUCAUCAUGUGAGUGGCCAAUGCACAUGUCCUUAUGGCUGGACAGGACUGGCCUGUGAGCUGGAGUGUCCCCAGGGCCAUUUUGGAGUGGACUGCCAGCAGACUUGCGAGUGUCAGAAUGGAGGCCUGUGUGACCGUCAGAGUGGACAGUGCACAUGUCCAGCAGGUUGGAUUGGGAAGAAGUGUCAGACAGCUUGUCCAGCUGGGACCUUUGGAAAAGACUGCAGUGAGCAAUGUGACUGUGAACAUGGCGAUUCCUGCAAUCACGUUACAGGCAUCUGUCUGUGCCCCCGAGGCUGGAGAGGAAGAAACUGUGAGAAAGCCUGCUUACCUGGCUUUUAUGGGGAAGGUUGUACAAGCCACUGCAAUUGCCCUUCUGGAACGUCCUGCAACCACAUCACCGGAGAGUGUGGCUGCCCACCUGGAUUCACUGGCAGCGGCUGUGAACACACAUGCCUGCCAGGAACCUACGGGCAGAACUGCAACCAAGUUUGCCAGUGCUCAGAAGGAAACCAGCAUUGCCACCCUGUCACUGGUGUAUGCUAUUGUGCACCAGGAUUCCAUGGCAGUGCCUGCCAAUUCAGCUGCUCAGAUGGCUGGUAUGGAUCUAACUGUGAACAUAAGUGUCAGUGUUUGAAUGGAGGACGUUGUGAGGCCACCACAGGAUCCUGUGAGUGCCCAGCGGGCUACAUGGGCGCUGACUGCAACACAAAAUGCCCUGCCGGGUACUUUGGGGAGGACUGUGCUCAAGUCUGCUCCUGUGUGGGGGGAAGUCACUGUGACCACGUGACUGGAAGCUGUAUCUGUCCACCCGGAAGGAUGGGUCUGCGCUGUGAGGAAGGGUGUCCCGCAGGAAGGUUUGGCGUUGGCUGCCAGUCGUUGUGCUCCUGCCAGAACAGUGGGCUGUGUGAACCCGUCACUGGAAACUGCACAUGUGGCUUGGGCUGGACUGGCUUAUAUUGUGAGGCAGAGUGCCCCCUCGGAAGAUACGGAGCUGAUUGCCAGCACUUGUGUUUAUGUCAGAACAAUGGCACAUGUGACAGAGUGACAGGAUGCUGCCAGUGUGCCCCAGGUUAUUAUGGGCACUCAUGUGAAUAUGACUGCCCACCAGGCUUUUAUGGAACCAACUGCUAUCAGUCCUGUAACUGCACCAACAGCGCUACUUGUGAUCCAGUCUCUGGUCAGUGCCAGUGUCCAGCUGGUUACUAUGGCAGUCACUGCGAGAAAAGCUGUGAGCCAGGUCACUUUGGAGAAGGCUGUCGGCAGACGUGCAACUGCCAUGGAGGAGCACCAUGUGAGCCAGUAGAUGGAACAUGCAUCUGCCCACCUGGGAAAACUGGAAAAAAUUGUGAUACUGAGUGCCAUGCAAAUACAUUUGGUCCUAACUGCUCUCUAACUUGUGAAUGUAACAAAAGUGCUCUGUGCAACACCAAGAAUGGCCGCUGUACCUGUCUGUCUGGUUACCUGGGCUUCACCUGUCUAGAAGGUGGACCUCCCCAGCUACCUCAAUCCUCAGCAGGCUCAAGAAGAACCAAUCGCUCCUUUGCUCCCAUAUAAUCCACUGUAAAACCGUGAACAUUACAAGGAUCUAUACAACUGGGACAAGCAAUGGGAAUGGCCUUCUUUACUGUAUUGGUAUAUAAAUAACACAAAGAAUUAUUAAUGGGCCAAUACUGUAUUAUAGACAUGAGUCAUGUUGGAUUUGGAAACCAAUAAAUACAGCAGUCCCAGUCAACAUUGCCUGAAUAUACUCUGAAGAAAGAAAGUUGGACACUAAAAUUUAAUCAGAUCUAACUUGGCUGACCACAUUACAGGGGUCCAUAAGGAAAAUGAGGCUCAUUGACAGCACUUUAAAGUAGUUCAUCCCAGACACUUUUUGGGAGUGACUCACAGAGGGUGUGCCUCAUGUUUUGAAUUUUAAAAAGUAACUAUUUCUACUCACAAAGACUUGGCCCAGGGUGAAGGAGCCAAAUAUACUAAAUGCAUUUCUACAUUUGAUAAGCACAGUGACUCUUAUCCCUAAAUAACAUUUUUCUCCUAAGACAUUUUAUUUGCAUUCAUGGGAAAGCCAGUGAACCACUCUGAACUCUAAUUCCCCAGACCGUGGCGAUACGCUUGAUUGCCAUUGCCCGCCUUUGGCCAAUGUGGUUGAGGCACAAGCAAGCACUACAAUCUGCUUCCAAUUAGCCACUGCAGUAUUUGCCUGAAACGAUAAGAGGAGACUGACCUGUUACCUAUUUGGGGAAUUGUAGGAAAAGGAAGCAGUGAUUAAGAACUAUUUAUGAUUUCCCUCCUGAAUACAAUGUUGGCUGUUCCACUGAGACUUGGACAGAAGUCCUACAGUGCAAAAUGUGAUGAAAAUGGCAAAUAAUCCUCAUCAAGCCUGAAGUGAACAGGAAGUGUAGAGUCUUCAUUUGGUGACAUGAACUGAAGCUGUUUCUGGGUGCCCUCUGUCUCAUUUAUUUCAUUUUUACUCGAGUGUUGUCAAAAAGACUUUGCUUCAGCACACAAAGCAGCAGGGAGCUGUGUCUUUGGGGCUCAGAACUACUUGACAUUGUACUGUAUGUAUGUAUGUAUUUAUGAAUGUAUGUAAGUACUGUAGUAUUUACUGAUUUUCAACACUUAGUACGUGUAAAGGAAAAAGAAUUAAAACACUCUGGUUAAGAUCUAACCUCAAA